AUGGACGAUUUCAUUACAAAGGCAUCAAGCCAAGCGGUAUCAUUUGCCAUUAGAUCGGGUAUAUCAUUGGCAUCUGGAUAUGCUAUCCGUACCGUUACUAAAUUUGUCGAUAAAAUUCCAGAAAAAGACAAGGCUCAGUUGAACAACAAGAUUCAUAGAGUGAAACUUCAAAUCAACAUUGUCAGUCCUUCAAUAGAAUUAAUCAAGUCAAUGAACGCUGGUGGGUUCAGUUCUUUACAAAGCUGUAAUGAGCUAAUUGAUCAAAUGACUCAGCUGUUCAGAGAAUUUGAUGACAUGGUGGAGAAGUGGCUGGACCAACUUAGCAAUUCUAAUACUGGAGAUGUCAUUAAACAAGUUAAUAAACAGCUUGAUGGCUUGAUAGACAUGAUUGAUCAAACAGUUCCAUUGUUAAAUUUAUGUAUUGUCACUAGUGGCAUUAACUUAAACCGAGACUUAAGUGAAGAGAUUAGUAUCAAUAAAUUGAUAGAGGCUUCCAAUAUAAUUUUGGGUAGCAGAGAUAGCACUAAUACAGGGCCUGUGUUUGAUUUAACCUUCUUUUCAGUAUUCUACAACCCAAGCAGGCUCAAGUAUAUUGAACAUGAACUGGGAAAUCAAGAAGAUGAAACUCCCAUAACGUGGAAAGAGGAAUUUGCUAGGGCAAAAGUCCUGAUUAAGUCUACUGGAAACUUUUCAUAUGACUUGAAUAUAAUAGAGGACUUUGAUGAUGAUAGAUAUCAUGAGGGGGCACCAAAAACAAAGGUGGUCAAAGUGAACGAUGUACGAAAGAUUUUCUUUAGUAGAUCAGGUAAGCUAUUGAGAUUAGACAACAAUGAUUCUGCUGUAUUGAUUCUAAAAUUAGACGAUGAAUAUAUCGCUUUUGGAAUAUAUGAAGACGUUGAUAGUGAAAGUGAUAAUAAUGAGAGUGACGAUUCUGAAGACGAAAUAGAAAAAGGUGAGACUGCUAAACAAGAAACUUCUAAAUCCUUGUCUCUAUUAGAGUACAUUCUAAGAUUAACAAUUCUAGAACAAGUUGAAUCGAAGUCAUUAAUUGAGAUAACUGAUGAGAAACUUUUGAUUUACUUGAAUAACGAGAUUCCAAGAAAGAGUUCUAAAGUAUCGACUCAAACCCUUGACAUGGACUCAAAUGUCAAUAGGCUUGAGAACUUAAAAAUAUGA